AUGUUACCAGUACUAAGAAGCUGUCUUAGAAACGCCCGCGUCGUUUUUAGUCGAGGUGAUUAUUGUUCUCACGCUGUUUCUUCUCCACAAUUAUCUUCCCUGCUUACAACCACUACAUCUGAUCAUCAAGAAAAGUGUCUAGACUCCAGAAAUCAGUCCAACGUUAACUUAGUUGCUGCUAAAGCUCGUGUAGGAAGCAGUCCUGAUGAGAUUAUUCUGUCUUUGGCGCACGAUCAAGUGUGCAAUAACAUUGAGGUUACUGAUGACCUUGUUGACAAAUUACUCUUCCGCUUUAAGGAUGAUUGGAAAUCUGCAUUGGGUGUUUUUAGAUGGGCUGGAUUACGCCCUGGAUAUAAACAUAGACCUGACGCGUAUGAUAUGAUGGUGGACAUUCUGGGGAAAAUGAAACAAAUGGAUCAAAUGAGGGCGUUAUUAGAAGAGAUGAAUCGAAAUCAUCUACUAACACUUAAGACUGUGGGUAAGGCUAUGAGAAGGUUUUCUGGGGCAGGAAAAUGGGAAGAUGCUGUGAGGAUGUUUGACGGGUUAGGAACUUUCGGGUUGGAAAAGAACACGGAGUCUAUGAACUUGUUGCUUGACACACUUUGCAAAGAGAGCAAAGUUGAUCAGGCCCGUGUUAUCUUCUUAGAGCUUAAAUCACACAUUUUUCCUGAUGCUCGCACAUUUAACAUUUUUAUUCAUGGUUGGUGUAAAGCCAAUCGGGUUGAUGAAGCACACUGGACUCUCCAAGAGAUGAAAGGUCAUGGUUGUCGCCCUUGUGUAAUCAGCUACUCUACCAUCAUCCUAUUCUAUUGCAGCCAGUACAACUUUUCUAAGGUCUAUGAGCUCCUUGAUGAAAUGGAAGCGCAAGGCUGCCCACCAAAUGUUGUUACUUACACCACUAUAACUGUUUUUCUGGCCAAGUCGCAGAAUGCUGAGGAGGCUUUACAACUAACUCAGAGGAUGAAGUCAGCCGGGUGUAAACCUGAUACGCUUUUCUACAAUUCUUUGAUUCAUAUCCUAGGGAGAGCUGGCCGAUUUCAAGAGGCUGUUGAUGUUUUUGAGAAGGAGAUGCCAAAUACCGGCAUCUCCCGUGAUGCAUCUACCUAUAAUUGCAUGAUUGCUAUGCUCUGUCAUCGUGGUCAAGUAUCGAAGGCCCUGACUCUUCUCAAGGAGAUGGAAACGUCGACACUUUGCAAGCUUGAUGGCCAGACAUUCUACCCAUUGUUUAAGUCAUGCUUUAGACUUGGAGACAUGAAUUUGUUGAGUCAAUUAUUGGAUGACAUGGUGAAAAAGCAUCAGCUAAGUCUUGAUAGAUCAGCCUAUGCUCUUUUAAUUCAUGGCCUUUGCAGAGCAAACAAAUGCGAGUGGGCUUACCAUCUGUUUGAGGAAAUGAUUGGUAAAGAUAUAGUACCUAAAUAUCAAACAUGUCGUUUGCUUUUGGAGGAGGUCAAACUAAAGAAUAUGUAUGACACUGCUGAGAAAAUUGAAGAUUACAUGAAAAAAUUAUAA